CGCGGUCUAAAUUCUAAAAAGAUUGUUUGCAAUUUUGGAUUUUCAGUAAAGUACUUACUUAUAUUAAAUUUUUCGGUUUUCAGUACUUUGCUGCCGUGUUAAUCAUGGAUCUGGAUCUAUAUGAUGAAUUUGGGAAUUACAUUGGCCCGGAAUUGGCAGAUGACGAUGAAGAACCAGAAAGGGAAGAAGUUCCGGAGGACGAUUUCGACGAGGAGCCCGCUGAGAAUGGAAUUCGUGGUAGCGAGCUUGCCAGGGCCAUGGAUAUCGAUGAUGAUGAAGCGAUACCGCGAAAUCAGAUCGUCCUUCACGAAGAUAAAAAAUAUUAUCCUUCUGCGGAAGAAAUUUAUGGACCUGACGUUGAGACCAUUGUCCACGAAGAGGAUGCUCAACCCCUCACUGUUCCUAUUAUUGAGCCCGUCAAGCAUAAGAAGUUCUCCAUGUUGGAGAAGGAAAUCCCCGAAACCACCUACAAACUCGACUUUAUGCUGGAUCUCAUGGAGAACCCGGAAUUGAUCCGCAAUAUUGCCAUUGCGGGCCACCUGCAUCACGGGAAGACUAAUCUCCUCGAUUGUUUAAUUGAACAAACACACCCCACCCUGAUCAAGAAAGACGAGCGCGAUAUUCGGUAUACGGACACACUGAUAACCGAGAUCGAACGCGGGGUGACCAUUAAGAGCAAGCCAGUGACGCUAGUGUUGAAUGACAGCCGUGGAAAGUCCUGGGUGAUGAAUAUCAUGGACACACCGGGACAUGUCAACUUCGCCGACGAAGUCUGCGCCGCAUUCCGUAUUUGCGACGGGGUAUUGCUGGUUGUUGAUGCCCACGAAGGAGUUUUACUGAACACGGAGCGCAUUGUAAAACUGGCCUUACAAGAACGAUUGCCGAUUGUUUUGUGCAUCAACAAAAUUGAUCGCUUAAUUCUCGAACUAAAACUCCCCCCAACAGAUGCAUAUUUCAAAAUUCGCCACAUCAUAGACGAAGUGAAUUCCCUCAUUCAGACGUACUCUGAAGAUCCUGAUCAGCAGCUACUAUCACCUGUGUACGGGAACGUGUGUUUUGCCAGUCCACAGUACAGUCUGUGCUUCACGUUGAAAUCAUUUUCCAAGAUUUACCUGGAUUUGUUCGGCGAGGGUUUUGAUCAUGAGGAAUUUGGGAAGCGUUUGUGGGGUGAUGUCUAUUUCAAUGCGAAGACGCGCCGCUUCCAAAAAAAGCCGUUGCAAACGGGGCAGUCGCGGAGUUUUAUCGAAUUUGUCUUGGAACCUGUGUAUAAGAUCAUUGCGCAAGUGGUUGGGGAUGUGGAUGUGGCGCUGGAUGGGUUGAUGGAUCAUUUGGGAAUAAGUUUAACGAAGGAAGAACAGAAAACCAAUAUCCGGCCUCUGCUGCGAAUUGUUUUCCAAAAAUUCAUUGGUGAAUUUUCAGGUUUUGUGGACAUGUGUAUCAAGCACAUUCAGUCGCCGCUACAAAAUGCUCGGAAUAAAAUCGGACAGACAUAUUCCGGCCCUUUAGAUUCUUAUGUCGUGAAGUCCAUGGUGCGCUGCGAUCCUGGCGGGCCGUUAAUGGUACACACCGUGAAGAAUUAUUCCACCCAGGACGCUUCGAGUUUUCACAUCCUGGGCCGCGUUUUCAGUGGUACACUGAUGGAAAAUCAGCAGAUUAAAAUCUUAGGAGAACAUUAUUCCUCUCAUGAUGAAGAGGAUUCACGUGUGCUAACUGCGGGGAAACUGUGGAUCCAUGAAUCGAGGUAUAAAAUCCAAGUGGAGAAGGCCACGCCAGGUUGCUGGGUUCUGAUUGAAGGUAUUGAUGAGCCCAUUGUAAAAACUUCCACCAUUACCGACCCAUUUCAGGACGAUGACGAAGAGUGUUUUAUUUUCCGUCCGUUGAGAUUCAACGCAGCGUCCAUUAUAAAGAUUGCAUGUGAACCGGUAAAUCCUUCGGAACUUCCGAAGAUGUUGGAUGGUUUGCGGAAAGUGAAUAAGAGCUAUCCGCUUCUCAGCACGAAAGUAGAGGAAAGCGGCGAACAUGUCGUCCUGGGCACCGGCGAGCUGUAUCUGGACUGCGUCAUGCACGAUCUCAGAAAAAUGUAUUCCGAAAUUGAUAUUAAAGUUGCAGACCCCGUCGUGACAUUUUGUGAAACUGUUGUGGAGACGUCGUCGUUGAAGUGUUUUGCGGAAACUCCCAAUAAGCGUAAUAAAAUCACUAUGGUUGCCGAGCCACUGGACAAAGGACUAGCGGAUGAUAUCGAGACACAAGUGGUGUCCAUUGGUUGGCCGGCGAAACGACUGGGGGAAUUUUUCCAGACCAAAUACAACUGGGAUCUUCUGGCUGCACGCAGUAUUUGGGCUUUCGGUCCCGAAAAUAAUGGGCCGAAUAUUUUAGUGGAUGACACUUUACCUUCCGAAGUGGACAAGACCAUGCUCAGUGAAAUCCGAGAAAGUGUAAAACAGGGCUUCCAGUGGGCUGCUCGAGAAGGGCCGCUGUGCGAAGAGCCGAUUCGGAAUGUCAAAUUCAAAAUUCUGGACGCAGUGGUGGCCCAGGAACCGAUUGCGCGCGGUGGUGGGCAGAUUAUUCCUACCGCGCGGCGGGUGGCCUACUCGGCAUUCCUUAUGGCAACGCCGCGCUUAAUGGAACCAUAUCUAUAUGUUGAAGCCAUCGCUCCCGCCGACUGUGUAUCUCCUUUAUAUACCGUUUUAGGACGAAGACGAGGUCACGUGACAUCCGAUGCUCCACUGCCGGGUUCCCCGUUGUAUACAAUCAAGGCAUUUAUCCCGGCUAUUGAUUCCUUUGGCUUUGAAACGGAUCUGAGAACCCACACCCAGGGCCAAGCGUUCUGUCAAAGUGUAUUUCACCACUGGCAGAUUGUUCCGGGUGAUCCCAUGGACAAGAGUAUCAUCAUCAAGCCCCUCGAACCACAACCGGCGCCGCAUUUGGCACGGGAAUUCAUGCUAAAGACCCGUCGACGCAAGGGCCUGAGUGAGGAUGUUAGUAUCAAUAAAUUUUUCGAUGAUCCUAUGUUACUGGAACUGGCCAAACAAGACUACGGUCUGAGUUAUGCGCUAUAACGCCGCUUUUUUAUAUGUUGUUUAUCCUGCUGAUUUGUUGUUGGUAGGUUGUAUCCAUCCGUGCACUUGUGCUCUGGUUCAUUGGGUUUAUUUUAUUUCUGUUUUAUGCAGUGGUGUUUUAACGAAUAGAAAAUUGAGUUACCUUGUUUCUGGCUGCUUGCGCUGUUCGAGAGCAGUUGCGUCUGUAUUAAAUCGGUUCGUGCUUUUGU